AGUUGUGUGCAGACUACGUGGGGAGUCUUUAGUUAAAAUCAUUUGUGAUCUGCUGUACAAAUUAUCUUUGUAUGUAACCUAAAAUGACGUACACUGUUGUCAGCAAUACUUCUCUUUUAUACUUGGAAGGUUUCAGUUUUCGUGCUGAUAUUGUUGUUCCUCUGUUUCUUUUCUUUCUCACUAUAUAUUUUGGUAUUGUUAUUGGGAAUACUGCAGUAAUGCGCGUGAUUAUUGUCAAUCGAAAUCUGCACGAGCCAAUGUAUAUAUUAUUGUGUAACAUGUCUGUUUGUGAUUUAAUUGGAAGCACAGCUUUACUGCCUAGACUGAUGGCAGAUUUAUUCGAGGAAGUGAAGCCAAUUUCCUUCGAACCCUGCGUUAUCCAAGCGUUUUGCAUCCAUUUCUAUGGUACAGCUUCUCAGUUAAUAUUGACCGUGAUGGCCUACGACAGGUACAUUGCUAUCUGUGACCCACUGCGGUACACCUCGAUCCUGACUGGGACAGCGCUAAUCAAACUGUGCAGCUUUGCCUGGGGAGGUGCGUUCAUUCUAAUUACCAUUCUGAUCGGACUAACUGCUAGGCUUCCGAGAUGCGGCACAAAGAUAUUCUUAAUAUUUUGUAAUAACCCUUCACUGUUUUCUCUGUCUUGUGUAGACACAACUUUAAAUAAUAUUUACGGGUUAUUUAUAGCUUACCUUCUCAGUAGCCUCUCGUUUGCGACCAUCGUUUGGACGUACAGUAAAAUUCUCUAUACAUGUUUGAUUAAAAGUGACAACCGCACCAAGCGAAAAGCCAUUCACACCUGUGCAACACAUUUAACAGUUUAUAUUUUUUACGAAGUAAUCGUAUUAUUUACUAUAAUUUCUCAACGAUAUCCGUCUGCAAAUGCCGAUGUCCGGUGCGCAAUAGGAAUAUUAAUAAUGAUAAUACCACCGCUACUAAAUCCAAUUAUUUAUGGAAUUAAUACAAAAGAAAUCCGAAGAAAUAUUUUUCGUAUUGUCUCACAUAAAAUAUUAUAAUAAUUCAAUCGAAUGCUGUAUUAAUCAGAUUUGCAAAAUGUUACAAUUAUUUUUGAGUAAUAGAAAAAAUGCUUAGUUACAACAGACAAACUGGCCCCAAAUCAUAUUUUCUGAAGAAAGGAAAGAAAGAAAAAAUUUCGAAGAUGGACUACGCAGCAGAGCGCGCAUUGAACAUUAUAAAAAUAUGAGGGAUUCUAAUUCUUUUGAGAUAUAUUCGUGUGUUUCUAAUUGAACUUGAUCUUAAUCCUAUUUUAAAAGAUUUCGUAAAUGUGGAGAAGUACAUGAGACUUGUUGUUAUAUUAAGAUUCUAAAAGAAAGUACUGUUAAAUGUUUAAUGCAUCUUUUAAUAUAUAUGAUUUCUAUAAU